AUGAGCAAUUGGUUCGCCCGACUCCGGCAGAAAUCGCCAUCGUCCAAUUCAUCGGCUAACGGCGCGUUUCCCAUCGAUCCGAGCGUUCCGGUAAGCCCUUAUGCUACGGACCGACGCUACCGUCUUCCGGAUGAGGCGCCACCAAGUCCCCAGCCAGGAUUCGAACGCACCACCUCCGGGACCGCGGCUCUUUGGCGAACAGAUACCGUGCCCUUCACCGAACCACAGCCAAAGGAUCAUCUCUGUCUCCCCGAUGCCGGAAAUAUCAUUAAUGCCCGCGUGGACGGCGUAAGUCCAUUGACCGUUUCGAAUGCUUCCACGAUAUACAACGCCCACGAUAAUGACGAUGAUUCCAGCAGUCUCCUAUUCACGACUAUUAUUCCACAAAAGCCCCGACACGACGACACCGUUGUGACGAAACCAUCGUCGGGUGUUUCUCCUCGAUCCGCGCAAUUGUCGAACGCCACUAGUCCUCCUCGUCUUUCGAGUAUGCCUGGUACCGACCAGACCACACCCUACUCGCCUUCGCCACCACAAACAAUGUCAGCUGCCACUAUCGUGUCGCCCCCGUCGCCAGUAGUGACUACUCACUAUGGGGCCCAGACUACCCCCGGUAUCGCCGAGUCGCGUAAAUCUUUCUGGCAGGAAAAGGCCUUUCCGUCGGGCGACACGUAUGCCGAAUCGCCCGCUGGCAGCGAUGAUUCGCCACUCUUUACACCACCCCGAACCGAUGUCCGUACACGCACAGCCUGGCUUGAGCAAGCCUUUACCCCUUCCGGAGGCGGGAACAUGGAAUCGCCUACGAAAUUGAAACCGGAAGUUCGGCUCGAAACGCAACGCGCUCCGCCCGUCAACAUCGAGCCGUGUCCGAUGGAAUCUUGUCCCCCACCGACUCCGCUCUCACCACCACAGCCUUUGUCUACGCGAAAAGAACGCGAACCUCCACCAGAAGAUUUGUCAAGUCCCGGACAGGCCCCGGAAGUAUUGGCUUGGCGAAUACGGGACAAAUCCAAAGAUACCCACGCCUGGGCCUACAACAUAUGGUACCGCCAAGGUUUGCUGGAAUGGUGCCCACCAGAAUCCUCCGUCACCCCUACAUCAAACUCGACACAAAAUCUACCGCCAUUUGUUGCCUCAAGUGUGCACCCUCACAGGGCCGUAGUGGACGUCCCGGACGAUCAGGGGACACUUCCUGUGAAGGCAUCGCCGCUCAGAUUUCGUCCUCUACUGACGCACAAGCAAAAGGAGAACGAUAGACCAAAGGUUUCGACCGUUUCUUCUAUGGGAGAAGUCGAGUCGUCCCGGACGCAAGCCAAAAAUUGUUCCAAAGACCCUACUGUAGGCUCGUAUCAACAAUUGCGGGUGAAAGUCUUGGCAUCCAAGGAGGAUGUUGAAAAACCUGUGUUGAUCGAGCCUGUAUCAUCAGAUGUGGUGAUUACAGAAAAGGUCAAAUCGGAAACUGUUGAGUGUGAGAAAGACUCCAUGGAUAUCGUCAUGAACAAUGGAAUUAAAAAGCAAUUCACUGCUGUUACAACUCAGAGUCCGUCGGUCUCCAAGAUGUCGGAUCACCCUGCGCAAUAUCUAAACACUGGGAAUGAUAAAGAGACAGUGAAGCAGAAUGAUAGACCAAAGGUUUCGACCGUCUCUUCUAUGGGAGAAGUCGAGUCGUCCCGGACACAAGCCAAAAAUUGUUCCAAAGACCCUACUGUAGGCUCGUAUCAACAAUUGCGGGUGAAAGUCUUGGCAUCCAAGGAGGAUGUUGAAAAACCUGUGUUGAUCGAGCCUGUAUCAUCAGAUGUGGUGAUUACAGAAAAGGUCAAAUCGGAAACUGUUGAGUGUGAGAAAGACUCCAUGGAUAUCGUCAUGAACAAUGGAAUUAAAAAGCAAUUCACUGCUGUUACAACUCAGAGUCCGUCGGUCUCCAAGAUGUCGGAUCACCCUGCGCAAUACCUAAACACUGGGAAUAUAGUCGACGUACGGCAGGAGAAUCACGAUUCGAAGAAGGAUGCUGCUAGCUUCACUGAUACGGCCGAAGAUGAGACAGUGAGCCCGGCACUCAUUCAAGGUUUGUCCGUUUCGAGAGUAGAACCAAUUCAACAACACCAAGAUACUCAAUCACAAGAUCUUGCCAGCAUGUGCGGCAAUGACAGCCAGAGUGUAGGUGCAUCGGGAUUGCGACAGGAGCCGUUGACUCCGUUAGAAAAGGCCCGCCGCAAGCGUAGUGCCUCUCGGGCGAUUGCAGGUCACGUGCGCAUGGUCACAAGUACGCGAUACACAUCUUUUCAAAAAAGCCGCCGGGCCCCUAUUUUGAGCUUAUUCGGUGGACCCAAUCCGGUCGGAGUAGACGUUGAGAAACGCCCCUCGGUCGGAGUAGACGUUGAGGAACGCCCCUCGGUCGACUCUGAAACACAGUCUUCGCUGCCAAACAGCAAGGGGAAUCAGGAGCGAGGCGAAGCCUACCAAGAAUUUGUAUCCGCCUACAGGAACUACAGCAGAGACCGUACAUCACCUGCUCACUACGCAACGCGGAUACAGGCUCUGGACCGAUUGAACGCAGCGAAAGUGAAAAACAGAGUCCCUCCGCUCCCAGACGCAUAG